AUGGCAGCAAAUGGAAAUACCAAGCAAGUAGGACUUGUACCUAGGUACGCUUCUAUGGUAACAUUUGGUAGCAAACAGAAUAGUUUCUCUGGUAACAGAACAGAACAGAAGCAAAAGACUAGAAUUGAUGAGACUCUGAAACGUUUGUUUACAACUGAGCUGGUACUGAAGCAUCCAGAUUGUAACCGCCCUUUCAUUGUUCAAGUAGAUGCUUCUGAAAUGGCCAUGGGAGGGGCUCUCCUGCAACAGGGAGACGGUGAACCAUCUCAGGAGCCUGGACAUGUUCCAAAAGCAGUGCUAGAAAAUGUUGCCAUUUGUAUGCCUAGAUCUUCAGCCAACUUCAUGGCUUAUCUUCAGCCUAGUCCUGAGCCUCCAGGACGAAAGUCCUUUGGAGGCCACGAAGAGGCUGCGCCGGGGUUUGGGCCCCCUGCACCGGUGUCAGCAUUACUUGCACCAGCCAGGAUGGUUUCAACGCCGGCAGGGAGGCCUGGACAUUGGUCUCUUGGAGCUGCCGUGGGAGUGCCACCCAGCGGGUCCCUCCACCACCUCCACAGCCCCCAUUUCCGCCGUGACUGGCCCAACCUGCUGGUCCACCUCAAGCGCCUCACUAGCGCCAACAAGGCCAAGCUGGCCGCUGGCUUGGAAGUCACCAGCCGGCCGCCCAACCGCUUCCAGCGCCUGCUCAGCACCUCCCUCCAUGGUGGGGAAGGCGCAGGCGGCGAGGCCCUCCUGGCCCACCAGCCCCAGGCCACCCCGCAGGGACAGCUUGCCACUUCGGCUGUGGCCAAAAACGGUGACAGCAAGCCCACGUCACUGACUUUAGGGCAGUUUCACCAGUCUUUUCGAGGAGACAGCUUAUCUCCAUACUCCUACCUGUUAUCGUCGCACAACCAAAAUACUUUUCCAUUGAAAGGUUCAGAUCGGACUCCUCUUCCUCCCAGAACAUGGCCGAACUCCCUCGGGAUGCUCCCAGGGAUGGAGGCAUCUACUUUUUCAGACAAAAGGGUUCCAUUCCCUAUGCUCCAGGGGUUUCCGACAGAGGUAACUUACAUUCUGCAGCCCAGUGCUACAUCAGUGCACAUACAGCAAGGGCCCCAGACGAUGGCCAUGUCUUCUCAGAAAUAUGGCAGCUAUGCGGCUUCAGCACCCUAAUCCCAAGUCUACUACCCAACAGCUUUAUUACAGUGCUGCUCUCCGCCUACCCAUAUGGAUUCCUUAAGUGGUAGUGCCAGCCCUACAGCCUCGACCUAUACACAUUGCACCUAUUUCCAGAAUCCACCAAUGCAGUCCUCAUACCCAGUUGAAUUUUUGCCUUCCAACUGGCCCUGCAACCCUUCCGAUGAAACCAAGAAGACCGAAGUCAACUUGGAGGCCUUCUUCCAGAUUGUGGAUGAGAUGCAUUCAUCUCCCAAGCUGGAAAUGGUGAAGGUGGAGCCAGUGGAGAACCAGGGUCCUACCUCACAGCCCAACCGAGGCCAACAGUUGCUCAUCAGUCCAGGGAACAGCGAGGUGCCUACAAGUCAAGCCAGCCACCUCGAGCCUCUGACGCCUGUCGGCUCCGAUAUCACCUCCUUCGUGGUGGAAUCCAAUCAAGCGAUAGCCUGCUCUCUGCCACAGUCUCCAGAGUUUAUUUACACGAUCCACACCACCGAACCAGUGGAGAAUGCCUCUGCACAGAUGAUGCCUCCACCUGCCACCACCCAGCAGACACAAGUAAAACUGAAGGAACAGCUGAACCAGACUUCAGCUCAGUCAUCCAUGGUGUUUGUACAGGAAGAACUUCCCUUCAAUCAGAAGCAUUGCUGA